AUGCACCCGACAGAAAGCCCCAACAUCCGAGGCGGCCAUGAUCAGGCCCGGCCAUCGAUCAAAACACCCCUGGCAUAUUCCGGCUCACUGGACAGCUUUAAUCAUAAAGAUCUAACUCCAGUGAUUGGCCGUGAAUACACAGGCUUACAGAUUGCGCAAGUUCUGGAUGCUAAAGACCGAGAUCGCUUGAUCAAGGACAUUGCCAUUACAGUCUCGCAGCGAGGCGUGGUCUUUUUCCGCGACCAAGAUGUAACACAUCUCCAAAUGAAAGACUUUUGCGAAAGACUUUCCAUUCUAGCCGGAUGCCCCAGCAGCUCUUCCCUCCACAUCCACCCCCUGACCGAAGAAGGCAGCGAGCUCGGCGACCAGAUCAGCGUAAUCAGCAGCGUAAAGCAAAAAAAGGGCGGCGGCCUUACACACCAGCUCAGCGACACGAGUCGCUUUGCCUCGGUGGGGUGGCAUGCAGACAUCACCUUUGAAAAGGUUCCCUCGGACUACGCUAUGCUCAAGAUCCAUACUCUUCCCGAAACAGGGGGGGAUACGCUGUGGGCGUCUGGGUAUGAGAUUUAUGAUCGGUUGUCUCCGCCCAUGGCUGUGUUUCUAGAGGGACUUACGGCAACGCAUGAUGCGAGUUUUUUUCAUGAUGAAGCUGUGAGGUUGGGAACCCCGUUGAGAGAAAUCAUUCGAGGGUCUCCAUUGAAUCACGGGUCGUCGUUGAAUGCGGUGCAUCCUGUUAUUCGCACGAACCCUGUAACCGGAUGGAAGUCAGUGUUUGUCAACAAGGGCUUCACAAAACGCAUCAACGGUAUCACCAAAGACGAGUCCGAUGUACUCUUGAACUAUCUUUUCAACCUUGUCACGCAAAACCACGACGCCCAGGUGCGGUUCAGAUGGAACAAAAACGACCUGGCUAUAUGGGACAACCGGUCCAACUGGCAUUGCGCAACGUAUGACUAUGACGAGACCAGGGUGGGCGAUCGAGUGUGCAGUCUUGGGGAAGCGCCGUAUCUGGACUUGGAUUCCAAGUCUAGGAGAGAGUGGUUGAGUUUAGCUUAA